GACAGAAAUUAUGGUUCACUGUUUCUGCAUUCUUCAGCAUCCUCCAAAAUUCAACCAUGUUUUCCCGAACCCGUUCUCUCCUUCCUUCUCUAACCUCCCACAAAACCCAAAACCCAUCACUCUUCUCUUCUUCACAACAAAACACAAACAACAACAAAGAUAACCUCAUUCUCCAACGUUUCCACCACAAAGACUGGUUAACCUCAAAAGAAGCAACAACCUUAACAAACUCUCUAACAAACCCAUCUCUCUCCUUAACAAUCUUCCAUCUCUACUCUUCUCGCAAAGACUACAACCCAACUCAACCUUUCUGUAUCUCCCUCAUCACCAAAUUCACUCAAUCCCACAAUUUCACCUACAUUGACACCCUUCUUAAAACCCUCCCUAAACCCUACUCUUUCACUCAAGACUUUUUCUUCAACCUCAUCAAAAUCUAUGCUCAUAAAGCACAACGUAUUGAUAAAGCUAUUCAAUUGUUAAAUGAAAUGCCCAACUACGGUACAUGGCCUAGUAUAAAGACUUUUAACUUUGUACUUAAUGUACUUGUUAAUAGUAAGUUAUAUGACGUUGUUUUUGAUCUUUAUGCUUCUGCGUUGAAGCUAGGGGUUGAAAUAGAUGCGUGUUGUCUUAAUAUUAUGAUUAAAGGGCUGUGUAAAAAAGGGGAGAUGGAAAGUGCGUUUAAGGUGUUUGAUGAAUUUCCUAAGAUGGGUUUGAAGAGGAAUGAGCGGACUUUUGCUACAAUUAUGAAUGGGUUGUGUGAGAAAGGGAUGGUGGAUGAAGGUUUUGGAUUGUUGGAGAGGAUGAAAGAGGAAGGGAUUGUUGUUGAUGUUGUUGUUUAUAAUGUUUUGAUACAUGGGUUGGUGAAAAAUGGGAGAGUUGAUGAAGGGGUUACGGUUUUGGAAGAUGUGAUGAUGAGGAAUGGGUGUUAUCCUAAUGAGAGUUCUUAUCAGCAUGUGUUGUAUGGUUUGAUUGAUUUGAAGAGAUUUGAGGAGGCUAAAGGGGUUGUUGAGAAGAUGGUUUUGAAGGGUUUUGUGGUGAGUUAUGAUUCUUUUAAGGGUUUGGUUUUGGGGUUUUGUAGAGAAGGGUUGAUUGAGGAAGUUGAUUGGGGUGUUAGGAGUAUGGUUAGGAUGGGUUUUGUUCCUAGGAUGGGGAUGUGGAGACCAAUUGUUAGAUGUAUUGUUGUUUCUAGAGAUGUUAGUGUUUCUUUUGAUAAGAUUUUGGAUUCUGUUAACAAUUGAAUAAGAGAAUGUUUGUGGUGAUUUUUUUAAUGUGCAUUUUAUAACCAAUAACUUGUUAAAAGAGAAUGUUGAAUGUUUUUUGGUGGUGAGGAGGUAAUCGCAUACGAUACAGAGCAUACGGUUCAGCCCAACAACAAGAGUACUCGCAUUGCAGGAUCGUUUGAAAUGCAAUGUCGACGCCGGGUUCCAUCAUCUGUCAAAUAGAGCUAGCUACAUGUGCUGUCUCAGAAAUGCAGAGGAAGAAUUUCUUUCAUCCUUGUCCAGUUGGACAUGUUCAAUGCUAGAAGUAUAUGAAGGUGAAGCAACUAGCUUGUGGGAAUGCUAUGAUGCUCUAGAAAUGAGAAACCUUCUCCAAGAAUUUGUUAAGCGUCAAGGACGGAGGCCUCCUACAAUACUUGGUUUAAGAGAACAUAUUUUCACAGGAAGUGUCUCUUCUCUGGCAUGGAACCAGCUUUGUCACAAUUGGUGAAAGGCUUCUGGCUAAUCCUCUCAGGUAAUAACUGCAAAAUGACACUAAAAAAGUAAGCAACAACAAGAAGUAAAUGUUCAUUAUGUUGCUCAAGGGUUUUAGAAGACCUACCAUAAUUUUGAAGUGUGUUGUUGCUGUUAGUGAUGUUUGUGUUUCUCUUGAUACGAUUUUGGAUAGUCAUGAUGAUUGAAAAAUAUGAUGUUGGUGGUUUCUUUUUAAGAUAUUGAUACAAAUUGAUAUUGAUACAAAUUAUAGUAAUUGACAUUUCCAUUUCUUUAAAGAAUUGAAGAGGAUCACUACUUCCGUUCAACCGUCUCAUGGAAAUGUUGGCAUUCUUACAAGAAUAAAUCAACGGUUUAUUACACUUCGAUUUAAUCGCUAAAGUAUGUGGAGAUAAUUAUACACUACUCUCUAAAGUAUAUAGAAUUUAUCAUCACUUGUGUAUAUGAAAUCCGUUUUGUUGGUCUCCAGCAUCUUUACACAAAAGACUGGUGAGGACCAAGAAGUGUCUAAUAAGGAGGAAAGCAAAAAACAAAAUUCAAGUGGUGAG